AUUCAACGUAAAUGACAAAUUGUGAAAAGAAAUUUCCAUAUUUACUGAUUGGAGAAACCUUCCUCUUGCCACGUGGAACUUAAGUCUGACACAAGUGCUGACAUCACUACCCCAUCUCUUCUUCUGAAUCUUCAAAUGUCUUUUUUAGUACGCUAUAAACUCACUUUCUUCUUCUCCAAGAGCCAAAAAAAAAAUUCGGAAACCACCAAAAAAAAAAAAACAUGAGAAGCUCCGAUCAUACGCCGUUUUCCGGCGUUUUGCCGAUUGUUUUCUUACUUAUAUUAUCAUCAGCGGAUCUAGCGGCGAGUCAAUCACAGCCCGGUCCAGCAAAUCAACCGUAUAACUACGGCAGGCUAAGUCCAGCCAUGGCAGUGAUCGUCGUGAUCCUAAUCGCUGCUCUCUUCUUCAUGGGCUUCUUCUCCAUCUACUUCCGUCACUGCUCCGGCGUACCAGACGCCGGCGUUUCUCCAGCUGGUGGAGCUAGAUCCAGAGCAACCGUCAACGCGGCGGCGCGUGGUCUCGACGCUUCAGUUGUCGAGACUUUUCCUACGUUCUUGUACUCUGAUGUGAAAACGCAGAAGCUUGGCAAAGGAGAGCUAGAGUGUGCGAUUUGUUUGAACGAGUUCGAAGACGACGAAACGCUGCGUUUGCUUCCCAAGUGUGAUCACGUGUUUCACCCUCACUGCAUCGAUGCUUGGCUCGAGGCUCACGUGACUUGUCCUGUUUGCAGAGCGAAUCUUGCUGAACAGGUUGCUGAAGGUGAAUCGGUUGAACCGGGAGGAACUGAACCAGAUCUUGAAUUGCAGCAGGUUGUGGUGAAUCCUGAACCUGUGGUUACUGCUCCGGUACCGGAACAAGUGGUGACGAGUGAAGUCGAUUCGAGGAGAUUACCUGGAGUACCGGUUGAUUUAAAACGAGUCAAAUUCUCGAGAUCGCAUACGACGGGACAUUCGGUGGUUCAACCGGGAGAAUGUACCGAGCGGUUUACUCUUCGGUUACCGGAAGAUGUAAGGAAGAGGAUAAUGAGGGAAUGGAAAUUGAACCGGACGAAUAGUCUUCUGGUUCUUCCUAGGGGAGGGAGUUCAAGGAGAGGUAAACCGAUUGACCGGUCAAGGGCUCGGUCUGAUCGAUGGUUGUUUCGUAAAACGCCUUCGUUUCUUUGGAGGAGUCGUGAUGAUGGUUCGAUUAGGUUAGGUGCUACCGGUAGCGUUCGAGCCAACGCUGUACCGAAUUCAACCGGUGGUGAUUCGGUACGUGCAGGAGACCGGUGGGCUUUUCUUAGAAACGCGUCGUUUUUGUGGAGGAACUCUUCGGUACAUGUGCCAAGAGGAGGAGUCAAUAAAGACGGCGAAGGAACUUCGGUUAAAUCGACCGGUGCUAGUGGCUCAACUAGCGGUUCGAUGAGAUUACCGGUUUAGUUGACUUAUCUUUUAGCCGUAUAACUACUCUUUUUUUUUUUCUCACAUAUUUUUCGUUUUUAUGUUUGGGAUUGUCGAUAUACAAGCAAUACAUUUUCCUCAAUUUUUUUCUUUUUAAUUAUUCUUGUAUUGUUUAAAAUUUCUGUAACGUACAUAUAAAGUCAGAUCCGAAAAUGAGAUUUACUUUUGAAAAACAAUGUAUAAAAAAACUUAUAAAAAA